AACAACACUGGUUGAGAAUGUCCGAAGCUGCUGUUACUGUCCGCGUGAGAAAGUUCAUGAGAAAUCCCCUCCUGAAGCGUCGCCAGAUGACCGUCGAGGUUAUUCAUCCUAAGCGUGCUUCCGUGUCUAAGGAUGAGCUCAAGAGCAUCCUUUCCAAGAAGUACAACGUCAAGGACGAUAAGUGCAUUAUCCUCUUUGGAUUCCAAAUUGCCUUCGGAGGUGGUCGUUCUUCCGGCUUUGCUCUGAUCUACGAUUCUCUCGAUGACGUCAAGAAGUUCGAGGCCAAGUACCGCCUGGCCAGAUUCGGAAUUCAGGAGCACCAGAGACAGGGACGUAAGAUGCUGAAGGAAAAGAAGAACCACCAGAAGAAGAUCUGGGGAACGGGUCGUCGUGCUGCUCUUCACAAGGCUAAGAAGGCUCAGGAUGAUUAAACAAGUUCUUUUGUUUAAUAUCAUCAGUGUGGUUUUCGAAUGUU